AAGGAAAAAACAACAUAAACUUAGACUUGCGAGUAGCAAUAUCUCGCUUGAAUCUCGAUCGACGUACAUAGAUGUUAACUGUUUUAGACUAAUUUGUGGUCUUUCCGAAAUUUUACAAGAAUGGAAAAUAAUGAAGUUGAACACACUGAUGAUGAAGAUAGUAGUGCGUCAUAUCAUGACCUGUCAGAUCAUGAAGAAGAUGAAUCUACUGAUUUAUCUGGUGAUGAAUUGGAAAUUAAUAAUCCCGAAGAUAUUCCAAUAGGCCUACCAGAGCAAUAUAAUCCGCAAGAUCAAGAUCUAGUGGGGGAUCAUCUUUAUCUAGGAGCCAUGGAAGAAGUAAGGGGAAGAACUCUCUUAGAUGAAGACAGCAUUAUUGAGAUGCCUGUUGUGGUCCAAGAAGGACUUAUCUGUGUUCCUGGGCAAACCCUUCCUUUAACUAUUUCUCAUCCUCACAUAAUGGCAAUGAUGAGGCGAGUGAUUGAAGGGAAUCACAUAUUUGGCAUUCUUUCUUUUAGGCCCUUUGAGCCACACAUUAAUAACGCAAAGUACAAGAUAGGAGCGACAGCCGAAAUAUAUGAAUAUGGAGAAGAAGUAGAAGGGUUAGAGUCUGGUUUCGGCUUCAGGAUAAAGGCAAGAAUUCGACAACGCAUCAAAGUCAUCCAAGCUCGAAGACAAAUUGAUGGGAUUACUAUUGCUCGAGUUCAGAUUUUACCUGAAUUAGAAGUGUCAGACUCAUUAUACCAGUGCCGAUCCUAUAGCCUUGAUAAACAUCGUUUAUCAACAGCAACUUCAUCGGACAUUUCCGUCGCUUCGCUGUUAUCGAAGAAACGAAUUUACGACAAACAGUACAAAAUUCCUUUCUCCGUCUGGCCCUCUUGGAUUCAUCGUUCGUAUGACCUGCAAUUUAUAGCUCAACGCGUUAUGUUAGAACUGAGCACAUCGAUUUUCGUCGGCUCGUCGGCCUUUGCCGACGUCGGAUCCAGAUCGAUUGUCCCUCGAAAUCCGGUUGAUCUUUCCUAUUGGGUUAUACAAAAUUUACCACUCGAUGAUGAGCUAAGACUUGAGCUACUAAGCAUUAACAACCCCAACCAGAGAUUACGAGCUGAACUCUCCAUCCUCCAAAGAUGCGAAUCUCUCUGUUGUCGAGAGUGCGACUAUGCGAUUGCUCGCCAAACAGACGUUUUCGCUAUGUCCAAAAUAGGUCCGCAAGGUGUCUACGUCAAUCCGUUCGGCCACGUCCACGAGACCAUUACAGUUCAUCGUGUGGAUGGAUUGUCUGUCACUACACCACCCUCCACCGAAUUCAGCUGGUUCCCUGGCUAUGCGUGGUCAAUCGUGAAUUGCUCCUACUGCCGCAGCCACAUUGGUUGGCUGUUUACGGCAAACGAUCGGCACUUGCAACCAGCAAGCUUUUGGGGAUUGAGUCGACAGUCACUCAAGCCACGACUCAAAGUGAACGACGAGAGCGAGUUCAUCGCAGUCAUGUGAAUUCUAAAAUGUACACUUGCCCAGUUGCCCCCCUACAAAUUCAAGAAUACAAAUAAAUCAAUUGGACCAUUAA